CUUCCACGCAGAAGGUGGCAGCAGUACGCCUCGGGAUGUUGAGGGCGGGGCGUAUCUGACCUGUCAACAAUUCCCUUGAAGCGGAGAUAAUGUGCGCAUGCGCUGUUUUUUAUAUAAUGGCGGCACCCUGCUUGUAGACGACUCUUGGCCAGCACGUUUCCGAAACGGCCGCUUUCAACAUAGGAAGUUCGGACAUUAAAAGGGCAGUAUUCAGAGGUGUGUAAAGAACCUCAGAAAUGAGCCCUGCUGAAAAAGGGGUCAGCACGGAGGAAACUCACUGCACUGGAAAAGAGGAGGCUACUGGACUGGACUCUGCUUCGCUGUCAGAAGAGAGUUUAGAGGAGUAUGUGCCUGUCAGGAUGAAAGAGGAGGAGUAUGAACAAAGAUGUUCCCGCAUUAAAGAGGAAGUUUUUGACCCAGAAUAUGACGUCGUUGUAGAAAAUAAUCUAGAUACUGGGUCUGUGGGCAUUAAAUCAGAGGAAUGUGACUCUGAAUCAUCUGUAUGUAUCAAAGCAGAGGGAUGUGAGUCUGAGGUGUAUGAAACCCCAGAAUAUGAGACCAGUCAAGGUUCCCGCGAUGAAUCCCUUAAAAUGGAAUCCUAUCCAAGUUCAGGGCAUAUGGACAUGGACAUUUUCAGGUCUGCCCAAAAGCAGCAAUCUUCUUCUCAGCUACUUGACACGGUCAAAAGGGAGAGGGAGGAGGAGGAGGAGGAUAUGCUUUUGGAGGAACAUUCUUAUUGCAGAGCUUGGGAGGAAGAGACACCCGCACAUUCAGCCAAUCAACUUAGAACAAUGAAGACAAAGAGGGCAUGUGCUGAUGAUAAUGAUGAUAAAGAUAAAGAGGGUAUCUGCCUCCCAAGCCAUCCCACACUGAGCCCUGAACAGGAAAAUGGGUUAAAAUCAGGAAUCUUGCAAAAUAUCCAUGAACCAGCUCUUUCAAGCAAUAUCGGUGAAAUCGGGGUCAUAGCUUCAGAGAGUAACAUUGACACAACAUUUGUGAAAAAAUUCUACACCAUUGAAAGGCCAUUUGCAUGCACUGACUGUGGCAAAAAGUUCAUAAGGAAAUGCCAUCUUCAGCAACAUGAAAGAACUCACACUGGCGAGAAGCCGCACUGCUGCACCGAAUGUGGAAAAAGGUUCUUGGAGAAAGGAACACUUCAGACCCACAUGAGGACUCACACUGGGGAGAAGCCAUUUGGUUGUGUGGAAUGUGGAAAAAAGUUCACUGAAAAGAAAACGCUGCAGAACCAUGAUAAAAUUCAUGCUGCUGCAAAACCACAUCGCUGCACUGAAUGUGGAAUGAGAUUUGUACUUUUAAGUGAUCUUUUAUGUCACCUUAGAAUUCACAUCAUGGAAAAACCAUAUAGUUGUAAACAGUGUGGAAAGAAGUUUUCACAAUACAGUUUGCUUCAAAGACACAAAAUGAUCCAUCCUGAGGAGAAGCCAUAUGGCUGCACUGAAUGCAACCUUAGCUUCAAGUUUAUGGAGAAUCUUUUGCAGCACCAAAGAAUUCAUACUUCACAGAAGCCUUAUUUAUAUUCUGAAGAAAGGGCUAAGCAGAAACCUUUUCCGCCGGAACAGAAAAUGCAGCAGAGUGACACAAUCUAUCGCUGCAAUGUCUGUGGGAAGGAGUACAAAAUGAAAGUAUGGCUUGAGCAACAUGAACGAUUCCAUCGAUGGAUUAAAUGCAAGGAAGAACUUGCAGUACAGAAAACACUUCAGGAACAUCCGAUUUCCAAUGAAAGCAAUAUAUUUUGUUGCUCGGAAUGUGGGGAUGUUUUCACACAGAAAGGUAAUCUUCAGCAGCAUCUGAAAAUCCACAGCUCACAGAGAUUUUUAAAAUAGUAGAUAUGGAUUUUGCCUUUUGCUUUUCAUAUACUUGGAAAUGUAUGCAUCACAGUAAGCUGGUUAGCAACUGUGGAAAAGCCUUUGGGACCAUUUCAUCUGGCUCAAACUGCCUUUUGCAGCCAUUUUACAAUACAGUUGACAUCAGUGUCAGCUUUGGAAGAUGCAUGUUCACCCCUAAAACAAUAACCUUUGUUAAGGAUGCAAUUAAAAGAAUAGGGUGAUGAAUAUGUUUAAUACACUCCAUCAUCCUCUUUUACUAUUGCCGCCUUUUUAACACUUUUCAUUCUAUAAAUGCUGCUUUCUUCUAAAACUUUUAUUUUCAUUUUGUAAUGAGCUCACAUAAUUUUAGGACUUCUUGCAUGAUUUUGGCACUGCAACGUGUGGCCAUUAAUCAUAGUACCGUAAUUAUGGAAUUGAAUGUUGAUACGCAAUAUACUGGGGCUUUGAAUAGCUACUUUAUGCUGUUACAGGUGUACCUCUGGUAUCAUGUUUCCGUGCACAGGUUUGCACACUUUUUGUACCUUUUUCCAAUAUCAUCCUGUUGGACUUAUUUUUCUCAGCUUUUUUCAGUAAGGAAAGGAUGAGUGCUGGUGAGACACCAAAACACUUAAGUACCUCUGAAAUUUUGUAAAAUUCGGUGCUACUGAGAUUGUCCAGAAACAUUGGUCAAUUAUCAAACCUACUUAAUAAAGCGAAGUAUCACUAAUGUCAGUUCCUACCACAAAGGGAUGGAGCACAAAGCAGAAUCCAGUUCUGAACAGGACAUAUUCAUGCAUACACCCAAAUUUACUCAUAUAAAGCAACUUGAGAGUAGCCAAGUAACCUAACCUGCAUGGCCUUGGUUUACAAAUGGAUGGACUUUAGACACAUGAAGUCUGAAUACUAACCAAUGUAGUGCUGUUGUCCACAUGCAGUUUUUAAAUUAUCAAAAUAUUCAAAUUAAUUUCAAAAUUAAUUGAAACAUUUCACAAAGGAAAUUUACAAAGAGCAGAAUAAAGAGAGCCUUAAAUUUAUCUCAUCUAAUCCAAGGUUUAUAAUCUGUCAAUUUGUAUAAGGUCAUAAUUACCACAUAUACAGAGUACAGUGAAAUCUGUAACUUGGCAAUGCUAAUCAACUUAUUAUUGAGUCCAUUCAUGAUUUGUACAAGUAACAAAUCCUGUUCAUUCUCAUAAGAAUCAAAAUUGACCAUAUAUAAGUAGGCAACAAAUUAGAUUAGACAUCCAGGUGAUAAAACAAUUGGGUUUAAGAUUUAUGUGAUCUAAAUGUGACAUAACAUGCAAAAAGUGAAUCCAGGCCAGACUUAGACCAACAUGUUCACUUCAUUAAAAUGACCUUUCCUUUGGACAUUCAUGAAAUGAGGAACAUUCUUGGGAGGAUGUAAUUUUUAAUUGUCAUUACUUUAACUAUUUCCUGUUAAGACAUUUAAAAGUUAAAAUUGUUUUUGAUCAUUCCUUGAAGCUAAUUGUCCAUCCACUUUGUCUUUCCCUAGAACUGGUCGAGAUUAUGGUUUUCCUCCUCUAUCUCGUGCCUGACAUUAAUUACAGUGGGUAUAGAAAAGAAUCACCCCCUUCGAAAUAUUCCCAUUUUUAAGCCUUAAAUGAAAACACACAAACCAAUAUUUUUUCUAACUUCACUAACUCAAUGCAAUGUAUAACAUCCAAGUGAAAGAUAUCACAGCUACAGUUCAGAAGGUUAGGAGCACAUGCUGAUAGAGUGCAUUGCUGCAUCCACCCACCACAUGACAAAUCAACUCUGGAUUCCAGAUUACGACCCGAAUGCAGCCAUGCAAUGGGUGACACCUCAGCACCACACUAGUUCAGAUGGAAUGGAACCAGUGUGAGGUUUUUUUUAUGGUGGCUGGAGUGCCAAUUCUGCCACUAACCCCCACAUUUUUUCUUAAAAUAAAAAACACGAAAUACUGAGAUGAACAAAGGAUCACCCCCCCCCCCUCCUAAACAAUAUUUAUAAACUCAAUCAGGUGUAAGUAACCACCAUUUCCAUUGCAGACCGUGGUUACUGGCUUCCACCUGUGAUCAAUUGUAAUCAGUGUGAUUAGUGAAACUGUUCCUGGAGCAUUCAUCCCCUUGUUUGGUAGUGCAACUGACAGCAAACAACUGACUAUGGGUGUCAAGCCACUUUCAAAAGAUCUCAGGGAUAGAGUUGUGGACAGACAUAAGGCAGGAGAUGAAUACAAACAAAGUGGCAAGUGUUUGGUACUACUAGGACCCUCCCUGGAUCCGGCUGUCCCUCCAAACUGGAUGGAAGAGCAAGGAGGAAACUGGUAAGAGAGGCUACCAAGAGGCCAAUGGCCACUUUGAAGGAGUUUACAGGAUUUUAUGGUAAAGUGUGGUCAUUGUGUGCAUGUGACAACAAUUUCACAAGCGCUGCACAAUUGUGGCUUUUUCGAGAGGGUCGCAAGGAAAAAGCCACUUCUCAAGAAAGGCCACAUGAAGGCUCGUUUGAGCUUUGCCAGAAUGCACCUUGAAGAUUCUGAUGCCAAAUGGAAAAAGGUCUUAUGGUCAGAUGAGACCAAAAUCAAACUAUUUGGCCUCAAUACCAAACGGUACACCUGGCGGAAAUCCAAUGCAGCUCACCAUCCAUAACACACCAUACCCUACAGUACAGCAUGGAUGUGGCAGCAUCCUGUUGUGGGAGUGUUUCUCUGCUGCAGGGCCUGGGGCUCUCGUUAGAGUAGAAGGAAAAAUGGAUGGGGCAAAAUACCUCAGUAUGUCAUGUCUUGAUUUUUUAUUAUUUUUCUGAACUGUAGCUGUGAUAUCUUUCUCUUGGAUGUUAUAGGAGGCAUUGAGUAAGUAAAGCUGGGAAUAAAUAUUUUUUGUGUGUAUUUUCAUUUAAGGCUGUUAACCAAAAAAAAAGGGAAUAUUUCGAAGGGGGAGAAUUCUUUUCUAUACUCACUGUUUAUAUGGAAUACCAUGUCACCCACCAAAGAGAAUAUCUUGUCACCAGGAGCAAAUUAAGAUUCUCUUAUUAGCCUUACAACAUGUCUUUGGAUUGUAUGAGGAAAUUCACUAAAAUGUGGGAUGGACAUGUCUAGGUAGAUUCCAGUCUAGUUAUCUACCUAGGCUAGAAUUUAACAAGGUUUGGGUGUUAUGCGACGGUGGCACCAUGCCAUGUACCACCCCUGCAUUAAUGUCUCCCAAAUAAACAUCUUCACAUAGUAGCCAGGUCUUUUCCAGGUAAUAUCAAGUUUUCUAGGUUGGAACCUUUAAUGAAGAUGUUGGCAGAGCUGUCCUUUCACAUCAGUGCAUUUCUGCUGGGCUCCUUCAUAAAAUGUCAAAACACCCAUGUUCUUGAAUUACUUGUUAAUCUCUUGAGUUGUGACACUUGCUGACCUAAUAGUUUGUUGCCUGUCCUGUUUUACCUUGGCAGAAACCUGUUUUAUCUCACUGUCUUUGUUAAAGCAUGUAUAUUGUGCAUAUUUUACAAAUGUCAGUCCCUAUGAUUGCCACUUGCACAUCCUUCAGAUAGUACACUUGCAGUACAAACACUAUGGCUUCACAGUGGUCUUAAGGGUUACUUUUUAAUGUGCCACCUGUUACUGUUGUGCGACACAUAUUAACCAAAAAUUACAAUGGUUUCUGUGCUCCUGGCCAUCGGACCUUGCGUUAUUCUUUGUUGCUUAGUAUUGCCAAAUCUUAUUUUUAUAUUUUUCUUUUUUCUUACUUCAUCUUGUAAAGCACUUUGGGCUACAUCAUUUGUGCUCUAGAAAUAAAUGUUGUUAUUACUGUUCAAGGGAAAAUUGAAUGGAGGAUAGGGUAGGAUGGUUACUCACAUUUUGGGGAUAUCCUCAACAAGUCGUUCACAAACCUAACAUUGACAAAGAAAUUUAGUGUACAUGUACACCAACAUUUUUCCCUGAUUAGUGGUACUUCAAAGAAUAACAUAGACCUGAACCUAAGGCCAAUCUCAGUCCCACUCGAUUAAUUGGAUGUAAAAACUGUGAAAUAAAGUCCUACAUUGUUGCUGCUCUUUCCAUCAGCCAGUUAUGUAUUUUUAUUUUAAUUAAUGUCUCAAUUAUAAUUUUAACAUCUCUUAGAAGGUACCAGAACAUGUUUCAAAACUUGAAAUUAAUAUUUCAGCAACUGUGGUGUUUUGGCUUUCAUCUGAUAUGCUAGUUGGUCAAAGUCAUAUUUAACAAGUGUAUUCUGUCUUCCUUGUCGUGUAUGUAGUUUAUUAACUGCAUUUGAUUGUGUUGCUUUUGCCGCAAAAUUAUGUGAGGGCCAUAGUCUUUGUUUCUGCCAUCUGCAGUACUUUUUAAGUGAAAAAUGAAAUGGGAAUAAGAUGAACUUAUUUAUUACAAAGAUUGUUUUAUGUUCUUUUAAAUAGGUAAACAUUUUAAUCAAGGGCUACUUGUUAUUCUGUCUGUGUCACUAAUUUGUGUCAGUAAUUUAAAAGUAUUGUGUAAAAAAAAUUGUUUGAUAAUUACAGUCUUCCAUACAUAAUACAAAAGUCCCAAAAUGGAAUGUGUUUGCAAACUGUCAUAUAGUCACGGAGCAAUUCAGAAAAUUUCAGCUCACUUCACCGUGGCAUACUGCAAGAAAGGAGUUGCUCCUGAAAGUAUCAUUUGGCCUUUUAAAAACAAUUAUAUUCUGUUAAAAUGCCAAAGUCUUCACACUUUUAAUCUUUUGUAUAGCUGCAUUUCAAGAAGUGGGAUGCUAGUUUGCAUACACUGAAGAAAAGUGUAUUAUAAGUAAUCGCCAAACAUGGCAAAAAGCAACUGAGGUAGUAUUAGAAAUUGGUAAAGUAUAAAAAGUUACCUGACUCCAGUAUGGCACUGUUUAUUCUUGUAUAGCACUUUCACGGAGUACAGGCUGAGAAUGCUCACUCAGAUUUUUUAACUAUAAUAUAAAUACAGUAACAUGCAAAACCUUGAAACGAUUAAGUUUACAAACACACACAUCAAGGUAAGGAAAUUUUACAAGUGAAAUCCAUGUAAUGUAUUGCAGACUUACCUUAAAUUCCAUAACCAGUAUAUUGAUAUGACAGAAAUGUGCCACAGAUUAACCAUAUUAUAAUAUACAAGGUCUGACAAUUUAUAUGAGAGUUCUAUGAAAAAUCUUUAAAAAAAAAAAAAAAAAAAAUCUGCUAGACACGUUUCAAAUUCAUUACUUUACAAAAUAGUCUCCGUACUUUCCUAUAAACUUACAACAGCUGUCUACAAGCUCCUGAAUUCCUUCUGGGAAAAAAAAAAGUUUUGGUUGUGUCCACAUUGUCCUCCUCAGGAUGUUUUAUCAUGGAAGAGUUAUAAAGAGUUACUCCCAUUCCGUAAUUAAUAGAUGGUCCUAAACCCAAAUACUUCUCAUAUCUGCACUCUCCUUCCUAAGGAUCAAGCUUGCUGUGUACACUCUAAACACACCCGGGUUGAUGGCAAUAACGAUGUUACUUAUUUCCCAGUCACUUAAACCCCUAGUUCUCAGGCAGUAAGAUAGAGUACAAAGCCAUGCAGGGAGUAUGUUCAAAUUGUUGUCCACUCAUUAAAAUAGAUUUUAACAUUCUAAAUGUGAAUGGAUGUGACAACUGUACAACAUGGUUGGAUAGUAGCUGGUCACACUGUUUUCCUAGAAAUAGAAAUAAGGAGGAACUUUCAAUUUUGCUUUGUGCUCCUGAGCUGAUAAGUCUCCAAUUCAACAUGGCCUCUGGAUAAAUAUUGAUUGUAGGGCAGAGACCAGUAACUGAUGGCAUGCUCCUAUAUUUAGGCCAGCCCUAUUCUUCCUUAUUGUACCCCUUGGAGUAAUAGGGUAUCGUAGUUUACAGGCCAACACCCAUGCUCUAUCCAUAUACUUCUAGACCAAUCCUGCUUAGGCACAACUUGUGUUCUCGAACCUUCUAUCAAUUAAGUGUCCCAACUGUGUCAUGCACUCCUUUAAAAUGUUUCUCUUUGACUUGCAUUCCCCAAAGUUGUGAUUAAUGUGUUAUCUUAGAUGACCCCAACUUUUGUUUUUAGCUGGUUCUGAGCAGAGCAAGCAGAGAGAUUCUUUUUAUAUAUUAUGUUUCAGUACAAAUGUUUUCUUUUAAACCUUGCAGUUUUUCUCAAGUCCACAUUUAAUCACACAUAUUAGAGUACUAGUUAAAUAGCCUAUUGUAAAUCUGAAAGCAGGUACACCAAUCAGUUGUUUAAAGUGAAUCUUCCAUAUCAGGAUGUAAUUCCAGUCCCUCCAUAGCUACUGUUCUCUCAGUGAGAACUGUGCCCCUUGAGUUUUUCCACUUCUCAUCAAUGAUAAUGUUGAUGGCCAUCCUAAGCACUCUUGAUUCAUCACUUGCUGCCCCACCAUUUCUGAAUAUCUCUAUUGUAUAUAUUUAAGUGAGCUAAAGAAAGGUGCCAGACUGGCUCUUUAGAGUGAUGUUUUAGGGGAACCACUUUUGGUAGCCAAAAGAACCAUCCACAUAGAUUCCAGGAAGAGCAUUUAUUUUUUUAAAUCUGUUACAUUUCCCAUAAUUAAACAUGAAUAGAAAAUAGAUUUCUAAAAUACUAAUAGUUCAUGGUUUUUAAAGGCCUCUUGCUGCAUAAAAUAACACAAACUAUGUUCAGGUUUUCUUGGUGUGCUCAUAUUCUACUAGGUAGCCUACUAUAUAUGGAAGUUUAUGGAUUUCCUCAUGUAUUAGAAACCUGUUCAAAAGCCACAGAAAAAAAUCACUCGCAAAGAACCUUUCGCAGAGUUAAAUGGUUCAUUGUUGAGUAAAUGGCUCAGGUGCUGUAACUUCUUGGACAAAUUGAAAAUUUGCAACAUAUAUGAAAUAUUUAACAAGUACUCUUGUUAUUAGUCCUUUACACUGAACAUUUGUCACAGCAGUUCAUAUUUGAUAUUUAGCACAGAAAAAACACAUAUUUGAAAAAGAGCAUUUUUAUGUUUGCCAUCCCCUAAAUGUAGAAAUAAAUGACGCUACAAAAAAGGCACCGCACAAUGUGUUGUAUUUCAUGUGACCAAAUUGUUUUUUGAAUUAAAUUCAUUGCAGGUUUUGAAGAACACUUUUAUUAUCAGUUUAACCAUUAAUUUAAGCAUUAGGAAUUGGAUGGUUUUCUACAUUUUUAUUUUACACUUAAAAGAAAUUAAAACUUAAUAUACAGGGUGGCCCGCCUCAACUGAGACGACUGCAUUACGUGGUGAAGAGAGAAAUGAUCAAAUCUGGCACUCACAUUUACAGAAGAUGCUGAAAGUGAUCUCCUUGUGCGUCAGUACAUCUCUGUGGCCGUUUCAGCAUGUUUAUCUGGAGGCAGACAAGAUGGGAGUCGUCUCGGUGGAGGCAGGCCACCCUGUACUAUGUCAUCUCAAGCCCUUGGGGUUCACAAUGUUUCCUACAGUUUGAGUGUUUUAUGUUUUGAAAUGUUUAUACAAUUAAGAUGGUACUAGAUGAUUCUCAAUUCAUUUUUAAAUCUGUAUAUAUGUGUAGAUUAUAUUGAAUACUUUGUAUUUCCUGUUAAUUAUGUCAUCUUUCUAUAUAGUUGGUUUCUGAUGUUUAAGCAGUUUGCAAUACAUACUGUAGAUAUGCAGACGUACAUGGGGUCCGUGCUUAAUAAACCAAUUUGAAUUUUG